AUGGCGUGCGUCAACUGUUCCAAAAAGGCGGCCAUCGUAGUCGGUGCUGUGACCGCGAUCACGCUUCUGAUCACAGUGCUCCUACUCACCCUCUUUGGCACUUUCGAUCGACUCGUUGACCACAUGGUCCACGCGAACAUCAUCAUAACACCAACAUCCUCCGUCUAUUCGAAUUGGGUUUCACCUGAUACACCCAUCUACUUCUCCAUCUACCUCUUCAAUGUCACCAACUACAAAGAUGUCGUCAAAGGAGCGAAACCGAGGCUCAAAGAAAUCGGACCAUAUGUCUACAUGGAAAAACGGGAGAAGACGAACAUCACUUGGCCAAAAGGCGACCAUUCUCAGGUCUCCUUCUACCAACGUCUCACUUUUACACUAAAUCGGAACCUCUCAGCCGGUGAUCCUGACAAUGACAUUGUUGUUGGGAUCAGUAUCCCCCUUGUGACCUUGUCAGCUAAUGCGGAAGCCGGUAACGGACCGAGUUCAACCGAGUACGCUUUCUUGACAAUCUUAAUGGACUUAAAAGUCUUUAUCAACACUACUGUAACCGAGUUCCUCUGGGGCUAUGAGGACCCCGUUACCGAGGCCUGCAAUGCCCUUGACUCCAGGAGGUGCCCAUCCAAUAAAGUUGGUCUCAUGUUUGGUAAAAAUGGCACUGACGAUGGGCCCUUUGUGAUUGAUACUGGGGCCAGUGAUAUCACCCAACUUGGUAAUAUUCUCUCUUAUAAGGGUAAAAGUGUCCUUGAUGUAUGGUCUUCCGACGAGGCCAAUCAAAUCAAAGGAACUGAUGGAUCGCACUUAGCGCCGGAUGUGAGCAUGAAUUCGAGGCGAUUCAUUUUCGCUGCCGAUCUUUGCCGAUCCUUUGAAUUGAAAGUGGAUGGACCAGGAAAAUUGACCAACUCGGAUAAAUUGAAGGUCCUUUCUAUGGGUGGUACACCGGAGACCGCAGAACCGGCCUCUGUAAAUCCGGCCAAUAAGGGCUACUGUCCACCAAAGACAGCGGGUCCCCCCUGUCCACCAGCCGGCAUCUUUGACCUUUCCUCAUGUCGUCGACAGAACGAGUUGCGACCACCGAUCUACAGCUCGCAACCAUAUUUCUUUGGUGCUGAUCCAACAGUCCGAGAAGGGGUGGAAGGUCUGCCCACGCCUACAGCUGACAAUGCCUCCACGAAGAUCUUUGUGGAACCGAAACUCGGAUUGGUGCUUGAGGCCUACAAACGUCUUCAAAUCUCCGUUUAUGUGCGUCCCUCGAGAAUGAUGUCUGACGAAUUCAAAAACUGGACAAGGCCGACAUUCCUUCCGGUGGUUUGGUUCGAGGAGAAAGCCGUGGCGGAAGCUGAUGCCUUGGAAACGCUCUACAAUAGUGUCUACGUGCAACCAAAUUAUGGACGCCGCAUUGUUCUUAUUGCUAUGAGCGUAUUCGUGGGCCUUCUAUUUAUCCUACUUGUCACGCUCACCAUCCUCCUUUUCAAAAUCUGUCGACAUAAUCGACGAACUGGUGACGCCAUCAAGUCGGGUGCUGUCAGCUCUCCCGCCGUCGGCCUAUUCGACGCCAAAUACACGAAGGGUGGAGAAGGCGAGUGUAGAGAGAGCGAUCGACACACAGCAGAACAGAUGUCCGCAAUAAUGACAUUCCGCGACAGCUUGACUAUUGACGUCUUGCCCACUCUCUUGUCUAAAGUGUUCUUUUAG